AUGUCGAGUGUGCGAAUCGAUCGCGGCAGUUCGACUCAUCAUCAUCGAGUGCAAGCUUCGCGGGAACACGGGGUUGGGGAUACGGGGCGAUCGUCUACGCCGACGAUAAAGCGAUUCGCUCGAAACGUUGCAGUGACGGCGGAACCCCAGAUAAACGGGGAUGUCACCGGCGGGGAUUCGAGCGUCGCGUCGACACCGCCGUCGCAGACGGCGCAGGCACCGGCGCCGGCGCCCGCUACGCAGACAAGUCCGUGGUUGGACGACGAACCGGUGGUGAAGAGCCCGCCGGAACCAACGAGGGUAAAAUCGCCGGAGCAAAUGAUCAUGCGCUCGCCGGAACCCGUAAACUGGACCGUACCCCUCGACACCGGCAAAACGUUCACUGUCACGCAAAACGUCCGGGAAGAACCCCUCACACGUCCGCAUAGCGAGGCAAAGACGUGGGCACCCUCUUCGGUACCGUCAGCGCCGCAGUCAGCGCCGCCGGAGCUCGCGGCUCAACACAAGUCGCAUCAUUCCCAGCACUCCGGUUACAAGUCACCCGAAAGCGAGAGCGUCUCGCUCGGCAGUUUUAGCGGCAUAAACGGUCACAAGGAUCUGGACUCGGAGAGGGACAGUCCGUUGCCCACGAACGUGCAGGAUACGCCCACGAAGGGCGAAAAGGAAUCUACUGACAUCAUCGAAGAAACGAAAGAGCGACAGAGUCCGGAACUAUCGAUAAAACCGGUGGCCGGCACAAAUUUGAGACGUUUGGAGGAUCCAACGUUCGAGAUGGAGAGAAAGAAGGAAGGCAGCGUACCGGCGACGGUGACCACGACGGCGUCGAUAACAACGACAUCGUCAUCGACAACGCCUACCGUAUCGCAGCAGCAGCAGCAGCAGCAGAGUUACCGCGUUCUCGAGGCCGAAUCGCCGACUCAGGGUAGCGGUAGCGGUGGCAAUGGUGCAACUAGCGGCACGACGGGUACCGUAGGUAGCACCGGAACUAGCACUACAGGCGGUUAUCACGUACUGGAGGCGCCGGCGGUUAUACCGGGUUCGGCGCAACGCUCAACGGCGAGCGACGUUCUGGAGAAGGCGCGGAAUCGUUUCGACAAGUUCUGGGGAAAGGGCAACAACGGCGCGGAGAAUUAGACGUCUGUGUCCCUCAAAGGUAGGGCACGAGAUAAGAAAGAAGAAGAAGAAGAACGCUCCGACGAAUUAUUCCAUGUUUCUCAUCCCGGAAACGGCAGAACAUCUGGGAUAGAGAGACAUCGCCCUGUCCGCACUAAUGUCCGCCUACCGUCGGUUGUCCAUCUGCUUUCCGUAGCUUGUAGCUGCUCAAAAAGUCGUAGCAUGUGAAAAGGAAGAGGAAAGGAAGAAAAACGUAACAAAAAAGAGAGAAAAUUCAAUGAAAUUAAAAAAAUUAACAAUCGUUCAAUGUCUCUGUGAAAAAUAUGAUUUAAACAAUUAUUGACUUUAUGACAAACAUUCGUUCGUCGUCGUUGAAAAAAAUUCAAAAAAAUCUUUCUUAAAUUUCCCUAUUAGAGAUAUUACUCGAUUCCGGAAGUAUUCGAAAAAGUUUUAAAGAGAGAAACGCGUAUCUUUUGUAUAUAAAUAUAAAAUGAAAAUUAUUUCAAAAAGAAAAUUGCAAUUAUAAAAUAAAUAAAAUAAAAUAAACGAAUCAACCAAAUGAGCAUUGAGUCCAAGAUGGUGACGGAAUGAAAACACUAAUUUAUGUGCGAUGUGUAGACGUUUCGAUCAAUAUAUUUCUGAUCAUCUUCUAGUAACUAUAUUUCAGUAAUUAUGUGAAAAUAAUUUUACAGAAAAGUAGUAAUAACGUCAUAACAGAAAGAUACGGGAAAGAUACAAUUAAAUAAAUAAUAUUAUUUUAUCUUAUUUAUUGAGCUGUAUUUAUUAACUUUUAAAAUAAAUUAAGUCUUCAUCGAGGAAUAAACUAUAAAAUAAAAUCAACCGGCGUUGUUAAACGUUUUUGAUUGAAAUUUAUAAUUGAGAUUCGCGAUUGAUUUAACUAGAGAAUUAUUAAGAUUAGAACAAUCGAGAUAUAUCUGUUAAAUUGAACGAAAUUUCGAGUUCAAAAAAAUUUUCACGGAGGCAAUAAGAGACACAGAGGCUCAAAUGUUACAAAUCACCGCUUAAUGUGAAAAAAAAAAAUCUUCCUACCUUUUCUACCGAAAAGACAGAGACGGCAUCGUGAAAUCCGCGUCGUUAGUAAUUUAAAAAAAAAAAUAAUAAUAAUAAUUUCAAGACAAGAGAAAGAGGAUACGUCAGGGUGAAAGAAUACGAAAAAAAUUGUCGUGGGUAGAAGCUCAUUACGACGACGGUGCGUGCAGGUUACGCGUCGGUCUCGUUUCGAACUCCGGGGAAUGAUUCAAAGAACGUGGCAAUCAUUCAUCCAUAUGCUUACACAACAGAUUAACAAAUAACACGUACACACACUUCGCAAAAAACACACACGUACAUCCACACACACACGUACA